CUCUCCUCCCACUAUAAAUUGACGAAACGCACUUACCCUUCAUUUUCUUCGCUUUUUGGUUCUCUUUCAGCUCUGCAACUCUCAACUUCAUAGCCAAGUACUACCGCAUGCGAAAAUAAAGAUAAUUUUCCAAACUAAAUUUCAUUCGAAAUUGGCAUCCAUCCAAAUUCCUUUCAUUACUAUUUCCAUUUCUUCGUUUAUAGACACACACACACCCACAUAUCAUAUAGCAAGCACCUUUAUCUGAUAAUCUAUGGAGGCGACCGUGGACGACCAAGCGGACCAACCGCAAGCAGAAGCUCGGGCUCCUACCGCAGAAUCUCAGCCUGAGUCUCAAGGAGAAGAAGACGUAGAAGAGGAAGCAAGGAACGAAGAUGAUGAGUUGAUCGCGAAGGCUCAGAAGCUGAUGGAGAAGAUCACUUUUUCGCCUGAAAAACCUAGCUCCUUCGUCCUUCAUGCCCUCGCCUCCCUUCUUGAAACACAAGAAUCCCAAUACAUGGAAGAGAAUGGUCAUUCAUCCACUAACGGUCGUGCUUCACAUAACGUUGGACGGCUUGGGAACCUAGUCCGGGAAAAUGAUGAUUUCUUUGAAUUGAUAUCUUCAAAGUUUUUAUCAGAAACAAGAUACCCACCCUCCAUCCAGGCAGCUGCUGCAAGGCUUCUUUUAAGCUGCUCACUGACUUGGACUUAUCCUCAUGUUUUUGAAGAAGCCGUCUUAGAGAACAUAAAAAAUUGGGUGAUUGAUGACACUGCAAGAUUUCCCCGUGAAGACCACAACUGCAAGGGCAAGGAGGUAUCUGAUUAUGAAAUGUUGAAGACUUAUUCCACCGGAAUUCUUGCCGUUUGUUUGUCUAGUGGUGGUCAUGUAGUCGAAGAUGUAUUGACAUCUGGAUUGUCUGCCAAGCUUAUGCGCUAUCUUCGGGUGCGUGUCCUUGGAGAGAUGAGUACAAGCCAGAAAGAUGCUGCUCAUUUAACAAAUGGUAAGAUUGCAUCCGGUGCUACUUGCAUAAGAGGUAGGGACGAAGGCAAGGUUAGGGUUCGGCAGGCUCCGGAAACAACUUAUUUAGAUGGUUCGAGGAUAGCGGAUGAGAGAUCCUUAGAUGACCAAAGUCUUGAAAGGGAUCAGGAUAGAGACAUUGUUCUGCAAGGACAUGGAGAAGAAUGCAGGAUAAAUGAUGGAGAAAGACCUGAUGCAAUGGAUGAAAGGGUUGAUGCCUAUGAGAUAGAUGCUGAUGGCGAUAAUAGGAGGCAUAGUCGAGAAUUACGUGAUGGGAAGGCAAAAUUGGAAGAUUUUGAUGAGAACGGUAGAGAUGACUCUUCGAGGCGCAGAGCAAAUCGUGGAUUGGCAAGAUCAAGAUGCAAGGGAAGGUUCAAUGAAGGUGGCCCUGAGAAUGAACAGGCUUUAACCUCACCAGGAUCUGGUAGUCGAUUGGGACAGGGGCGGAGUACAAGAGAGAGGAGCGUCUCAAGGCAUUCAGAUGUGAAAAAAUUACUAGAUGCUAGAAAGACUUUUGGCAGGAUUACUUCUGAUGCUUUGGUUGUCGAAAGGGACGAUAACGAUGACUGCUUCCAGGAAUGCAGAGUUGGAAAUAAAGAUAUCUCCGAUCUAGUAAAGAAAGCAGUUAGGGCUGCCGAAGAUGAAGCAAGAACAGCCAAUGCACCUGCAGAAGCUAUCAAAGCAGCAGGUGAUGCUGCUGCUGAAGUUGUCAAAAGUGCGGCUUUCGAGGAAUUUAAAGCUACCAAAGAUGAAGAAGCUGCAGUCUUGGCUGCUUCCAGAACUGCAUCCACUGUUAUUGAUGCUGCUAAUUCAAUCGAGGUUUCAAGGAGCUCUAGUAGCAUCAAUGAUAAUUCGCUGAAUCUAAAUUACACAGAGACAGAAAUCAGUGAGGAUGUGGAAGAAUAUUUCAUCCUGGACUCUGAAUCUCUUGCACAGCUGAGGGAAAAAUACUGUAUUCAAUGCCUUGAGAUACUUGGAGAAUAUGUUGAAGUUCUUGGGCCUGUACUUCAUGAGAAGGGUGUUGAUGUCUGCCUUGCAUUGUUGCAACGGAGUUCCAGAAACAAGGAGGAAUCAAAGGCUGCAAUUCUUUUGCCUGAUGUAAUGAAGCUAAUCUGCGCGUUGGCAGCUCACCGAAAAUUUGCUGCAUUAUUUGUGGAUCGGGGUGGCAUGCAGAAACUGGUUGCUGUCCCUAGAGUUGCUCAAACCUUUUUUGGUCUUUCUUCCUGCCUGUUUACUAUUGGUUCUCUCCAGGGAAUAAUGGAACGUGUGUGCGCUCUUCCCUCAGAUGUUGUACACCAGGUGGUUGAGUUAGCUAUCCAACUUCUUGAGUGCCCUCAGGACCAAGCUAGAAAAAAUGCUGCCUUGUUUUUUGCUGCUGCAUUUGUUUUCCGAGCAGUUCUUGAUGCCUUUGAUGCUCAGGACUGUUUACAAAAAUUACUUGGGCUUCUAAAUGAUGCUGCGUUAGUUAGGUCUGGAGUAAAUACUGGGGCGUUAAGUUUGUCCAGUUCAGGAUCAUUUCGAAAUGAUCGUUCACCUGCCGAAGUUCUGACAUCAUCAGAGAAGCAGAUAGCUUAUCAUACCUGUGUUGCUUUACGGCAAUAUUUUAGAGCUCACCUUCUUCUGCUGGUGGAUUCGAUCCGUCCUAAUAAAAACAAUCGAAGUACGGCGCGGAAUACUCCAAGUGUAAGGGCAGCCUACAAGCCACUUGAUAUCAGUAAUGAAGCUAUGGAUGCUGUGUUUCUGCAGUUACAAAAGGAUCGAAAGCUGGGUCCUGCAUUUGUAAGAACUCGUUGGCCUGCAGUUGAGAAGUUCUUGAGCUUUAAUGGACACUUUACCUUGUUGGAAUUGUGUCAGGCCCUCCCUGUUGAGCGCUAUUUGCACGAUUUGCUUCAAUAUGCAUUGGGUGUGCUGCAUAUUGUUACAUUAGUACCCAACAGCCGCAAGAUGAUUGUAAAUGCCACAUUAAGCAAUAAUCGUGUUGGUAUAGCAGUCAUUUUGGAUGCAGCAAAUAGUGCUAGUAGUUAUGUGGACCCAGAGAUCAUCCAACCAGCACUAAAUGUGUUAGUAAAUCUUGUUUGUCCUCCACCUGCAAUCAGCAAUAAACCACCUAUACUUGCACAAGGUCUGCAUUCUGUUUCUGCUCCAACCUCAUAUGGUUCUGGGAUGGAGAAUAGAGACAGAAACACAGAACGUAAUGUCUCUGAUCGAGCUGUUAACAUGUCUAGCCAGAGUGAUCCAAGGGAGCGGAAUGGGGAAUCUAGUGUGGUAGAUAGGGGAAAUGCCACAGGAGUUGGUACCCAGUACAUCAGUAGCACUUCACAAACUCCUGUUCCCACAGCUACUUCAGGACUGGUUGGAGAUCGUAGAAUAUCUUUAGGUGCUGGUGCAGGUUGUGCUGGCCUUGCUACCCAAUUGGAACUAGGAUAUCGUCAAGCAAGAGAGGCUGUACGUGCAAACAAUGGUAUAAAGGUCCUACUUCAUCUCCUCCAGCCACGUGUAUAUUCACCUCCUGCUGCCCUUGAUUGUCUUCGCGCUCUAGCUUGCCGUGUUCUGCUUGGUCUAGCCAGAGAUGAUACAAUUGCACAUAUAUUGACAAAGCUUCAGGUUGGAAAAAAGCUAUCAGAACUAAUUCGAGAUUCAGGAGGCCAGACAGGUGGAACUGAGCAAGGCAGGUGGCAAGCUGAACUUUCCCAGGCAGCAAUUGAACUGAUUGCAAUUGUGACAAAUUCAGGGCGUGCAAGUACGUUAGCAGCUACUGAUGCUGCUACCCCUACUUUGAGGCGCAUAGAAAGAGCAGCUAUAGCUGCUGCUACUCCGAUUACUUACCAUUCCAGGGAGCUUUUACUUCUAAUCCAUGAACACCUACAGGCGUCUGGUUUGGGUGCAACUGCUGCUACGCUAUUAAAAGAGGCUCAGUUGACUCCUUUGCUGUUCUUGGCUGCUCCAUCAUCUCUUGUGCACCAAACCUCUGCACCAGAAGUCCCCUCUACACAGCUCCAUUGGCCCUCUGGUCGAGCCACUUGUGGAUUUCUCACUGAAAAAUCUAAACUCACUGCACAGAAUGAGGAUAUGAGCCUGAAGUGCGAUUCAACUGUAUCUUCUUCAAAGAAAAAUCCACUGGCUUUCUCACCAAUUUUUGGUAUACACUCAAGAAAUCAGUUGCAAUCCCAUGAUUGCCAAUCGGUAUCUGUCAGGAGAAUCUUCAGUACAUCAAAGCAACCUUCUGUACCUGCAAUUGCAUCAGAAAAUUCAUCAGAGUCCUUGCCAAAACCUAAUUUUGAUACAGAAUCUCAAUGUAAGACUCCAAUUGUAUUGCCGAUGAAGCGAAAAUUAUCAGAGUUGAAGGAUGUGGGGUUGGUUUCAUCCCCCGGAAAGCGACUUAACGCGGGUGAGCAAGGACUCCGGUCUCCAGUUUGUCCAACACCCAGUAGUGGCCGUAAAAGCAACCUGCUAACUGAUAAUAUAGGACUGUCUACCCCAAGUUCUAUUGUAAGAGAUCAGCAUUGGCAAUCAAUGCCAAUUGGUGGCUUGGCAGGUUAUAUGGAUGAUAACCAACAUGGCAACACCCAUAUGGGUCAGGCGACACCAUCCUCACAACUUGGGAUUUUAAAUGAUCCUCAGCCCAGCAGCACAGAGCAGUUAACUCUAGACUCUAUUGUUGUUCAAUAUCUGAAGCACCAGCAUCGCCAAUGCCCGGCCCCUAUAACCACUCUUCCGCCACUCUCUCUCUUGCAUCCACAUGUUUGUCCUGAACCUAAACGAAGUCUUGAUGCCCCAUCAAAUGUAACAGGCAGACUUGGUACACGUGAGUUCAAAAGUAUAUAUGGUGGGGUACAUGGAAAUCGCAGGGAUCGCCAGUUUGUUUACAGCAGAUUCAGACCUUGGAGAACUUGUCGGGAUGAUGCUGGGGCACUUUUGACAUGCAUUGAUUUUCUUGGGGACUCCUCUCGUCUUGCAGUUGGCAGCCACUCUGGAGAGCUCAAAAUUUUUGAUUCCAACAGCAACAAUGUGCUGGAGAGCUGCACAAGCCACCAGUCUCCUUUGACAUCUGUUGAAUCAUAUAUUUCUGGUGAGACGCAGCUGGUGCUUUCAUCGAGCUCCCAGGAUGUAAGGUUGUGGGACGCAACUUCAAUCUCAGGUGGACCAAUGCAUCCAUUUGAAGGGUGUAAGGCUGCAAGGUUUAGCAAUUCUGGUAGCAUUUUUGCAGCCCUGACAGUAGAGCCUGCACCACGAGAAAUUCUCCUCUACAAUAUCCAAACCUGCCAGCUGGAAUCAAAGCUGUCAGACACAUCUGCAAGUUCUACAGGUCGGGGGCAUGUUUAUUCUCUCAUACACUUCAGCCCUUCAGAUGCUAUGUUGCUAUGGAAUGGGGUAUUGUGGGAUCGGCGGGUUUCUGGCCCUGUUCAUCGCUUUGAUCAGUUUACAGAUUAUGGAGGUGGUGGCUUUCAUCCAGCUGGGAAUGAGGUAAUUAUAAACUCAGAGGUCUGGGAUCUCCGGAAGUUUAGGCUCCUCCGUAGUGUACCUUCAUUGGAUCAAAUGACAGUAACUUUUAAUGCACGCGGUGAUGUGAUUUAUGCAAUCCUUCGGAGAAAUCUUGAGGAUGUAAUGUCUGCUGUUCACACACGUCGAGUCAAGCAUCCUCUCUUUGCUGCUUUUCGCACGGUGGAUGCAGUCAACUACUCUGACAUUGCCACUAUACCUGUAGAUCGUUGUGUCCUUGACUUCGCAACAGAGUCAACAGAUUCCUUUGUAGGGUUGAUUACAAUGGAUGAUCAAGAAGAGAUGUACUCUUCAGGAAGAGUUUAUGAAAUUGGUCGCAGAAGGCCAACGGAUGAUGAUUCAGAUCCUGAUGAUGCUGAGAGUGAGGAGGAAGAUGAGGAUGAUGAUGAUGCUGAUGUAGACCCUAUUCUAGGCCCAGAUCUCGAUGGGGAUGGUGAAAGUGAUGCAGAUGACUUGAGUAACGAUGAUAGUGUUAGCGAACUGAUUGACGACGACGAUGAUGAUGAUGAUGGGGAUUUCAUGCUGGAGGGUGGAACAGGAUUACUAGAGAUUGUGACAGAGGGUGAUGAGGAUGAUGAGGAUAGUGAAUUGCUUGAAUCUUUCAGUAGUGAUGAUGAGGAUGAUUUUGUGGGUAAUGGUUUUGGUUAUUAAAUGUUACAUAAUUAUCAUAUUGGUUUUCAUUGUAGCCCGGAUAAUGUAAUUAUGCUGUUAGAAGUUGGAGGAUGGAAUCCAUGGUUUAGUUGAUAGCGUGACAUUGUGAGAUUGGAAAUGUACAGAGACCAGAAAGUCAUUUGUAAAUAGCUUUGUUGCCGAA